GUACCAACAUGGCGAGGGCGUCCAUACGUGUUACGUGUAUACGUCUCUACGUCUCUUCCGUGUUCGGGUGAAGACAAGCUCCAGGCUGUAGUCAGCGGCUCUUCUGCCUACUCUCCCCUGUUCGCAAGCUCUCUCCGCCCUCUGCCUCUGCUCCCGGGUGCAGUGACUCAGCUCCUGUUGCUCUCUCCCCGGACUGUCCUCUCUCCUCGGACUGUCCUCUCUCCUCUGACCGCUUGCUGAUGCCAGGGGCCGGGAUGUCUUCUUACCUGGAGACGCCGAGCCCUGGAAGGCAGCUACUGGAUGAUACGAUACCGCUCAGUGCGACCAUCGAAGCCAGCCAGAACCUGCAGUCUCACACGGAGUACAUCAUCCGAGUGCAGAGGGGCGUUUCUUCAGACAACUGCUGGCAGGUGAUUCGUCGAUACAGUGACUUUGAUGCACUAAACUCCGCCCUCAUGGUGAGUGGGAUCUCUCUGCCGCUGCCUCCAAAGAAGCUGAUUGGAAACAUGGAUCGUGAAUUCAUUGCAGAGAGACAGAGAGGACUACAGGCCUAUCUGGACUACAUUACUCAGCAUCCUCUUCUCUGCUCCUGCCUCACAGUCAAAAGGUUCCUCGACCCCAACAACUAUGCCACCAACUACACAGAGAUCGCGCUCCAACAAGUCUCAAUGUUCUUCAGGUCUGACCCCAAAUGGGAAGUUCAGGAGCCACUCAAAGACAUGGGCUGGAGAAUAAGGAAAAAAUACUUUAUGAUCAAAAACAAGGAGCAACCCAAAGAGAGAUACCUCCUCAGCUGGGUGGAUCUGGGCCCAGACAAGUUUCUCUCAGACAAAGAUCUUCAGUCAGCCAUCAAAUUGCUCUCUACUCUGCCUAGUUCUGUGGUGGUUCCAUUGGUCUUCUCCAGCGUUAGUGAAUCUUCAGCUCUGAUCAUCAGACCGUUCAGUGAAAGAGGCUCCUUACGAGACCACAUCUGUAAGGUGAAGCCGAGAGAGUCGUACCUGAAGAAAUACUGUAACCCCAAAAAGAGUCAAGGUCUGGACUUGCCCUCCAUCAAACUGUACGGACGCACUAUUCUAGAGGCCCUCAGACUGCUCCACAGCUCUGGCCUAUUCUGUGGACAUCUUCACUGCUGUAAUGUUCUCCUGGAGGAAGGUUCUAUCAGACUGGUGGAUCUUGAGAACGGUUUGUUGGGAACUCCCUCAGCGGUCAGACCUCUGUUCACCCAGUUCAGAAAAGUCAACACCACAGAGAGCAUAGAUGUCUUCUCUUUUGGGUUAGUACUCUUUGAGAUGACAUAUGGUUGGCCUCCAGACUCUGUCCCCAUCGACCAGUUUUCAGAUGUCCCGCACCCCACAGUAGGUUCAGUUCUUCAGUCUCUUCUGUCCUCAGAAGCUCUGAAGUUUGGGCUGCCCUCAGUCUCUGCGCUGCUACAAACACCGUUGUUUAGUGACGUCCCGCUGCAGCACUCAGAGAAGCAACAGUUUAAGGUCCCAAGUCGGUUAAAAGAAGCUCUGAAAUCUGCCAAAGAGAAUUUAGAAAGAAGACUGCAAGAAGAACAGAGACAGCUCCAUCAGCACAGACGUCUGACGAGAGCUCAGUCCCAUCACUGCUCAGACGAGGAGAGGAAGAGGAGGAAGCUGCUCGCACGAAAGAAGUCUCGGCAGUCGGCGUUUGAGAAUGAGGAAGAGGCUUCUGUGCGAAACAACAACAAUUCUGGUUCCGGAGCCAGUUCUCCUCCAACGUGUCCCUCAUCUCCUACACCACCCCCUACAGGUGUCCCCCCUCCCCCUCCUCCCCUUGGGCCUCCUCCUGCUCCCCUUGGGCCUCCUCCUGCUCCUGUAGCGCUAGCUCCCCCUGGUGGUCGCACCGCUCUGCUCAGCUCUAUCCAAACCUUUAGCAAAGUGCACCUGAAGAAGGCAGAAACAGUGGACCGCAGCCAGCCAAUCAUAUGACACGAAACUAGGACUGCAGCCAGUCAUGACAGGGAUCACAGCCAGCCAAUUAUAUGAUCAGAAACCAGGACAAACCAGGCCCCGUCAAGACAAAUCAGGACUGCAGCAGCCAAUCACAUGACAGAAAAACAAGGACAAACUGCAGCCAGCCAAUCAUAUGACACGAAACCAGGCCCAAUCAGGACAAAGCAGACAGGACCGUAUGACCAUAUGAUAUACCAGGUAUCAGGUCCAAUCAGGAUAAAGAAGGAUUGCAGAUAGACAGUAACUAGGAAAAAUCACGCUCUCAACUGGGACUCUGAUCAGCCAAUCAUAUGAUAGGGACUGCGGCCAGCAAAUGAUAUGAAGUGAUCCAGGACCAUAACCUGCUGAUCAUAUGACCAGAAUCUCGGAAUGCACCGAUCCAGCUUUUUCAGUUCUGCUACCGAUCUUGACACUUGGACUGUAAGCAUCUGCCAGUACCUGAUAUUAACUAAUCCCAGGACUGAAAAUGGAACUUAUUCCCUUAAAACAGUUAACAUAUUACACAAGAGAUCCAAGUGUGAUUGCUGGUGGGACACUGCUGGUGUCUUAUCUGAAGGAAUAUAUAAGGCAGUCUGACCAGAACUAAAGCUGCUUGGAUGAGCAGAAAAAUGUCUUCACUCUAAAACUUCUGACAAAAUUAAAUUUUUUGUUUGUUAUGCCACUGUUAUUUAUCUUUCAAAUCUCUACUGAACAGCUUUUAAUGAAUAAAAGUUCAAAUAUUGAGACAUCUUGGGCCAAAAUCAGCCUGUAAAUAUAAUGAUUAUAGCCAGUUGAAGCUUAAUCAAUUUGGAACUGAUACCCGAUCCAGCAAAUCUUUCUAUAUUGGUGGCGAUAGUUGAUACCAAUAUCGGUAUCUGCGAAUCCCUACCAGAAAACCGGCUCAAUCAGGACAAACUACCACAACCAGCCAAUCAGAUGAUCAGGAACUGCACCAAAUUAGACCAAACCAGACCAGGAACACAGCCAGUCAAUCAUAUGACCAGGAACCAGGCCCAAUCAAGACAAAGGACCGAAGCCAGCCAAUCAUAUGAUCCCAAAUCAGACCAUGCCAUGCCCAACAAACUGCACUUUUUAAGGACUUCCUGAUCUCCAUCUGCCCAUUUAUGGACGUGACCCUGUUGGAGGAGGGCAAUAUGUUGUUUAUAAGUGAAUAUUGUUGUUUUGAGAGUAUGCUAAAUUUGAACAUGAUAAGUAACAUUUGUGAUGGUGAAAAAAUAAAAAUAAAAUCAUGCUAAUACAUCAUUUCAAACAAAUCCAGAUAUUAUACUUAAUAAACUAUUGUAUAUUUCAGACCUGGACAGUUUGUACUGCACUCUGCUCCGUCCUCUUCAGUGUCACAUGUCAGUGCAAUAUGUCUCAUUUAAAUCAUUUGAGCAACCAGCUCUAUAGUUAUA